AUGGCCGAUCAACAGCAAUAUUUCUUGAAAUGGAACGACUACCAGAGCAACAUGGUGUCGUCCUUCAAACACCUGAGGAACGAGAAGAGCUUCACGGACGUGACACUUGCUUGCGAAGGACAAACGUGUAAGGCACACAAAAUGGUGUUAUCAGCCUGCAGCCCUUAUUUCAAAGCAUUGUUAGAGGAAAACCCAUCAAAACAUCCAAUCAUAAUACUUAAAGAUGUACCGUUCAGCCAUUUGCAGUCAAUACUUGAAUUUAUGUACGCAGGAGAAGUCAACAUAAGCCAGGAACAACUGCCAGCUUUUCUGAAAACGGCUGAUCGUUUGAAGGUCAAAGGUCUUGCAGAAGCUCCACAAACUAUUAAAAAAGAUUAG